GAAGGAGGACCGAGCCAGCCGGAGGCAGCGAGACUGAAUUAAGCUUGCAGUCCCAGCCUCAUGCUUCGACCAGGACUGCGCUCCUCCCGUCCGUUGUCUCAGCUAUAUCCAUUUCAUCGUCAUAUUUAGCCACAAACAGGAAGAGGGGGCAAAGACAACGACAAAGGGCGCCGAGUCAUGGAGCUUUAUUGCCUCGAGUCGGACUCGGUGGUGAAAGCCCAGCCUGACCCAAACAUCCUGAAUGAUCACAGAGUGUUGCAAAGUUUAUUAACCAUCGAGGACAGGUUUUUACCUCAAUGUUCAUAUUUCCAGCGGGUCCAGAAGGAAAUCCAACCUUAUAUGAGACGAAUGGUUGCGGGCUGGAUGCACGAGGUGUGCGAGGAGGAAAGGAGCAGCGAAGAUGUUUUCCCUUUAGCUAUUAACUAUUUGGACCGAUUCCUAGCGGUGAUGCCCACAAGGAAAAGUUUCCUGCAGCUCCUGGCUGCUGUGUGCAUGUUCCUGGCCUCCAAGUUAAAAGACAGCAGGCCGCUAUCAGCAGAGAAGCUUUGCAUGUACACGGACAACUCCAUCACGCCUCUGGAACUGCUGGAUUGGGAGCUGGUGGUGCUGGGCAAGUUGAAGUGGAACAUGGCCGCCGUCAUCCCCAACGACUUUGUGGAGCACAUCAUAGGCCGUCUGCCCCUCCCCAAGGAGAAAGUGGCCAUGGUCCGCAAGCACACGCAGACCUUCAUCGCCCUCUGCGCCACAGACGACCGCCUGGCCAUGAACCCCCCCUCCAUGAUCGCCAGCGGCAGCAUGGGGGCUGCCGUCUGCGGCCUGCAGCUGGACCACAGCGACCAGAGGCUGGCCCGAGACAACCUGACCGACCUGCUGGCCAAGAUCACCAACACAGAAGUGGACUGUCUGAGGGCGUGCCAGGAGCAGAUUGAGCGCGUGCUGGCCGCCAGCCUGCAGCAGGAGACCCGGGGCGGCGGCGGCGGCGGUGGUGGCGGCGGUGGGGGUCCCAAGUCCAGGGAGCAGCAGCAGCAGGACCAGUCCAGCACCCCGACAGACGUGCGUGAUGUCAACUUAUGAACUCCCACGUCUUCCACCCCCAACCCCACACACACAUGGCGACAAUCCACGAACUUUUAGCAUUUAUGAAAUUCCCCCCUCCCCCCACCCAUCCACACUUGUUUUUGUAUGUGCCACAUGUAAUCAAACAAGAUAUUUAAGAAUCUUGAAACUUGAUAGUGCCUUCGGUUCUCCACGGCGGGAACCUGAAUAUAUUUUCAUACUUGAAGAAACAUAACUUACUUUGAUGAACUACAAUAUUUUACUUUGACAGCCAAAACUAUGAUAGCGUAUGUUAGCUAGUAUUUAGUUGUUACUCGUUUAGCAUCUUAAGCCUUACAGUUAAUCACUCACAGUUUGAUGCGGGGGGGGGGGGGGGGUUCCACGAGCACCACGUCACGCGGAAGAGAGGAGCGGCGGGCGGGCAGGCUGGGCCUGCCCACACAGGAAGUCGUUGUGCGGAGGAGGCGGGGUUACGUGUGUUGGCGGAGAAAAAAAAAAAACGAGUCGCAGGUUUCACGCAAGUGGCGAAGGCACAGACGCAGGUUUUUUGAGUCGUGAUGGACGCUCGGAAUGCCCCCGAAAAGUCGGGAAUGUAAGCUACAGGAGGAAGAACUCCAGGUUCCCACGUUUUUAGCUUUCGCUGCAGUUUUGAAAUUUCGGAGCGAUUGCGGGAUAGGAACGAUAUUGAUGCACUUUGAAAAAAAAAAAAAAAAAAAAACCCUUAAGAAUUCUAACGGGAUGGUAAGCGAGGAGAGUCCAUUUGGUUUAUUAGGGUUUUUUGUUUGUUGUUUAGGUUUUUGGUUCUGGUUCUAGUUUUUCCUUAAGUUAUUUGAUUUACUCGCUUUUUUUUUUUGGGCUGGAUUCCCACGGGGUCGUGGAAGCUGCACCCCCUCCCCCUCCACUCCCCCAACAGCAGCAGGUGAUGGACUCCACAAGGAAUAUUUCCAUGGAAUAUCAACAAGUUAUUUCAUCGUACUUGAAUAGUUCAUUCCCGGUCAAAUCUUCCCAGAGUCGGGAUUAUCCUGUUCAGAUCCUUGUCGUCGAUGCCUGACCUUGUACAUAUCUUUGCCCCCCACCCUGAGUGUCUCAUGUUGAUGCUUUAAUCCCGAAAUGCGUGUUUUUUUUUGCUUUGAAAAGACGUCAAAGGGGAAAAAGAGCUCAUUCCAAAGUGACACGUCUCUACACGUCAUUCUCUUGCUGCUACGAAGCUUUUCUUUUCUCGUUUUCAACAAAUUUGCCUAAUUGUGAUUCACUCGUUUGCUGCUAUUAUAUAUGACUUUUUGUUGUAUUUUUGCUUUUUUUUUUGUGUGUGUCUUGUGAGUUGUACUGGCGGGAACGUGACAGUUUGCUACCGGACUGGAAGUACUCGUUUUUUUUUUUUUUUGGCCCAUCUUUGAAUUAUUCUUUUAUUGUGUAUCUUUUAUCUUAUCUGUUGUAUACUUGCUGCUUACCUGGUAAUUGUUUUGUGUACCUCAGGUUAAUUUGGACGGAUAGAGCGUUACCUCAUCACACUUUUUGCCACACCCUUUUUUUUUCUGAAUUUUAAUAGGGGGGACAUUAUAUGGCAGGAUGCGUCAUCUUUUGAAAAAUAAUUAAAAAGAAAACGUAUGCUAUCAGAUUCCAAAAAAAAAAAAAAAAAACUCCCCAAGACAUUUCACAUGUGUGGUGCUGCUCAAAACACGCCCUGUACUGUAUGACACAUCCAAAAGAACAAAGUUUUAUUUUUUUUUUCCCGUACGUUGGUAUUCAUCUGCCUGUUUUAAAUCACUUCAUUGGAAUUAAGUGGGAUCUUUUCUUUUGAGGUACCACCAGAAUGUUGUUUGGUGUGUUCUCUUACACCCCCCCCCCCCCCCCCCACACACCCCCUCACCCGCACCCUCUAUUUGCAACCACACAUUGUACCUCAAUAAUUUCUCAAUAAAUUGGCGAAAAAUCACA